CUCCGCGCCCGCAACUUCCCGCAACAAAGUUGGGUAGCGGCGAGCCGGCCCGGCGGCGAUGUGGGGCUCGGCGAGGGCCCCGCGUUAGUGUCACCCGCGCCGGCGGUGCGCUGAUUGGGGUAACCCAGUUCUGCCCCCCCACAUCCCUUCUCCUCCACUCCCGGUGAGACCCCCGCGGCCGCCCACGGGGAUGCGGACGCGGCGCUGAACGGUCCGCCAUGGAGGGGCCGAGCGGGUCCAGCUUCGGGAUAGACACGAUCCUGUCGGGUGGCAACACCGGCAGCCCCGGAGUCAUGAACGGAGAUUUUCGCCCCCACGGCGACGGCCGGCCGGCGGAUUUUAGGAGCCAGGCCACGCCGUCCCCCUGCUCAGAAAUCGACACGGUGGGGACGGCGCCCUCGUCGCCCAUCUCGGUGAGCAUGGAGCACCCCGAGCCGCAUCUAGGGGUGGCGGAAAACCUCCCGCCGCCGCCGCACCACCUCCACCUCGGCCCGCACCCGCCGCCACCGCCGCCGAGUUUGCAGCCGUCGCCCCCGCAGCCGCCGCCGCCCCAGCUGGGCUCGGCCAGCUCCGGCCCCAGGACUUCCACAUCUUCUUUUUUAAUUAAGGACAUUUUGGGCGACAGCAAACCGCUGGCGGCGUGUGCACCUUACAGUACCAGCGUCCCCUCUCCCCAUCACACUCCCAAGCAGGAGGGCAGCGCGGCCCCGGAGAGCUUCAGGCCCAAACUCGAGCAGGAGGACGGCAAAGCCAAGCUCGACAAGCGCGACGACACGCAGGGGGACAUCAAAUGCCACGGGACAAAGGAAGAAGGCGAUCGGGAGAUCAGCAGCAGCCGGGACAGCCCGCCGGUGCGCGCCAAGAAGCCUCGGAAGGCACGGACCGCCUUCUCCGACCACCAGCUCAACCAGUUGGAGCGCAGCUUCGAGCGUCAGAAGUACCUGAGCGUGCAGGACCGCAUGGACUUGGCCGCCGCGCUCAACCUCACCGACACGCAGGUCAAAACCUGGUACCAGAACCGGAGGACGAAGUGGAAGCGGCAGACGGCGGUGGGCCUGGAGCUGCUGGCCGAGGCCGGGAACUACUCAGCACUGCAGCGGAUGUUCCCCUCGCCUUAUUUCUAUCACCCCAGCCUGCUGGGCAGCAUGGACAGUACGACGGCUGCCGCGGCGGCCGCAGCCAUGUACAGCAGCAUGUACCGGACUCCCCCCGCGCCGCACCCCCAGCUCCAGCGGCCACUGGUGCCGCGGGUGCUGAUCCACGGGCUGGGGCCCGGCGGGCAGCCGGCCCUCAACCCCCUGGCCAACCCCAUGCCCGGCACCCCGCACCCUCGGUGAAACGGCACCGCGGUCCCCGCAACGAGCCCUUCCCCUCCCCGUCCCCAAACAAGCCCCAGCACCGCAGAGGAGGAAGCGAGGGGAAGCCGAGGGGCAGGAGCUUCUGCAGGCAGCCACCGGCCA